CGUGGCCUACCUGAGGCCUGGCGUCUCUGGCGGUGGAUGCUCUGGGCUUGCCAGGGCCUGCUAGCGGUGCAGACGGGCUUGGAAGCCGCACCGAGCUCUUCGGGUCCGGCUUUUUCCACGCGUGGACCCUGCGCCGGGGAUUCCCAGCGUCUCCGGGUCGGCGCUUUGCCGGGGUCCUGCGGCCAUGAGUGUGGGUUUCAUCGGCGCGGGCCAGCUGGCCUGUGCGCUGGCUCGGGGCUUCACGGCUGCAGGCGUCCUGUCGGCUCACAAGAUCAUAGCCAGCUCCCCGGAAAUGGACCUGCCCACGGUGUCUGCGCUCAGGAGGAUGGGCGUGAAUCUGACCCGAAGCAAUAAGGACACCGUACGGCACAGUGACGUUCUGUUCCUGGCUGUGAAGCCGCACAUCAUCCCCUUCAUCCUGGAUGAGAUUGGGGCCGACGUGCAGGAGAGGCACAUCGUGGUCUCCUGUGCGGCUGGCGUCACCAUCAGUUCUGUGGAGAAGAAGCUGACGGCGUUCCAGCCAUCCCCAAAAGUGAUCCGCUGCAUGACCAACACCCCGGUGGUGGUUCGAGAGGGGGCCACAGUGUAUGCCACGGGCACCCACGCUCUGGUGGAGGACGGGAAGCUGCUGGAGCAGCUCAUGAGCAGCGUGGGCUUCUGCACGGAGGUGGAGGAGGACCUCAUCGACGCCAUCACGGGACUCAGCGGCAGCGGGCCUGCCUAUGCAUUUAUGGCUCUGGAUGCCCUGGCAGACGGUGGGGUGAAGAUGGGCGUGCCACGGCGCCUGGCGGUCCGACUAGGAGCUCAGGCAUUGUUGGGAGCAGCUAAAAUGCUGCUGGACUCAGAGGACCACCCAGGCCAGCUCAAGGACAACGUCUGCUCGCCUGGGGGGGCCACUAUCCAUGCCCUGCACUUCCUGGAGAGUGGGGGCUUCCGCUCUCUGCUCAUCAAUGCAGUCGAGGCCUCCUGUAUCCGAACACGGGAGCUGCAGUCCAUGGCUGACCAAGAAAAGGUCUCCCCUGCUGCCCUCAAGAAGACCCUCCUGGACAGAGUGAAGCUGGAAUCACCCACAGUGUCCACGCUGGCCCCGCCCAGUCCAGGGAAGCUCCUCACGAGAAGCCCCGCCCAGGGAAGCAAGAAGGACUGAGGAGGACUCCGUGGGGUGUCCCUGUCCCCAGCAGCGCCGGGAGGGGCAGGCGUAGGCCCCGGUGAACGAUGCUGCUUGGAUCUGUUUACUUGGUGGCACCGAGUCCUCCCUUCUCUUGGCCCCCGGCAGAAGGUGCUCUGAAGAGGCAGCUGACGCCCGAAGCCGGGUAGUCAGUCCUGCACGCCUCUCUGAGAGAGGUGGGGGGCCCUGAGUUAGCAACCCCCCUCAGCAGAUGUCUGUGAACUUUAGUUAGAUCUCAGGAGUGGUUCAGUUUGACCUCAGGGUGAGGUGAGAGGGGAGAGAGGGAAGGCCCAUCCUCUGAAUUAAAAACAUGUAGAAGCAAGUGACUUACUGUUGCCGUUGGAAGUGUGGGGAAUUCCACGAGGCUUUUGCUUGACUCUGGUUUCACAGGUGUCCCAAUACAAGGUGAUGGUCAUUGCUAGUUCUAGCUGCUUUAAUAAAGAUUUUAUUUAUUUA